CAAAUGGCGUCGUAGAGGUGGAUAUCGUUGCGUCAAAAUUCACAAAUCAUGAAUGAAUUCUAAGUGUUGCCGCACAUUUUUCAUGAAUUGAGUGUUCUGUCAAUUCUGUAUUCUCCGAAACAGUUCAAAUUGAACAAUGAACGAAGUAAGCGGAGGAAAGCAAGACAUACCCAAUACCUCGAGUUGGGAAACUUUACCGGGACAUGCAGUAUCCACAUUAUCGACCAUGCAUCAUCACCAUCAGAGUUUGCAGCAAGAUACAAAUCCGGCAGUUGCACAAGUUAUAGUUCCUACACCUGUGAAGCUUCAAACGCCCAUGUUAACUCCAGCACAAACUGUAGCUGAACACUGUCCUCAACUUGGUCACCUGCAACAACCUUCUCUGAUAAAUCAGGGUACACCACCAGUAGCUUUUCCGGAACUCGAGUUAUCUGUGGAGCUUCAGCAACAAGGUUGGAAAAAAUGUUGGAGCAAACGGGAAAAUCGACCAUAUUUCUGGAAUAAGAUGACUGGUGAAUCUCACUGGGUGCCACCUCCUCUAAAACCUCAGUUUGAUCCAAUCACGGACCCUCUUGGUAUUUGUGGUGUACCACCACCACCACCUCCUCCUCCUCCUCCUCCUGGAAACGGAGCUAUUUCGGGCAGUAUACCAGGAGGAACAUUGAAACGGCGAGCAUCGGAGGAAGGAGUUGUUACGCCGGCAAAGAAAUUUGUGUUAGCAGGCCCGUGGGAUUUAGAAAUAAGCACGAAUGUGGUAAUAUAUGAGAGAGCGCCGUCAAAUUUGCUUCACGUUCAUCCCGAAGUUGAAGCAUUGCGCUGCGCUUUGUUAGCGAGAUUACGACAAUGCUAUCAAGAAUUGUGUCACACUCGCGAGUCGAUAGACGCGCCGAAAGAUUCCUUCAAUAGAUGGCUGAUGGAGCGCAAAGUGAUCGAUUGCGGUUCUGAUCCGCUGUUGCCGAGUCAAUGCUUCCCCGAAAUCUCAAUGUCUAUGUAUCGUGAGAUCAUGAACGAUAUUCCCAUUAAAUUGGUAAAGCCCAAGUUCACGGGAGACGCGAGAAAACAGCUGUCGCGCUACGCCGAAGCCGCAAAGAAGAUGAUUGAAUCCAGAGCGGCGUCGUCCGAGAGCCGGAAAGUGGUGAAGUGGAACGCGGAGGAUACUUUCCAGUGGCUGAGAAGAACUGUGGGCGCAACGUUCGACGAUUUUCAAGACAGGCUUGCCCAUUUGAAGCGACAAUGUCAACCACAUCUCACACAGACCGUUAAAGCCAGUGUCGAGGGAAUAUGUCUGAAAAUUUAUCACCUGUCAACGGAAUACGCGAAGAAAGUCAAGGACAAGAACAAUCAAAUUCUCAAAGAUAAUGGUUUGGGAGAUGUCAUACCGUUAGGAGGCCCGGCUAGCACGCAGAGAAAAGUUUGGUGUUAUCCAGUGCAAUUUUCUCUCCCAACUCCAAGACUUCCGCAGGUGGAUUAUAUUCCCGAGCGCGAUCAGACGGUGGUGCGCUUUCACGGUGACGCCGUGUAUAUUAACAAUCCGCACCUCACCAAGUUGGAACAGUUAUAUAGGUAUAAUUGUUUCGACGACAAAAAGUUUGAAAUGUUUCUGCCGCGCGUUUGGUGCAUGUUGAAACGUUAUUACACGUACUUCGGAAUCAACGAGGGCCAAGCGACGCAGAUGGCUCUUCCGGUAACGGUGUUCGAAUGUCUUCAGAGAUCUUUUGGAGUUACGUUUGAAUGUUUUGCCUCGCCUCUGAAUUGUUACUUUCGUCAGUAUUGUUCGGCGUUUGCCGACACCGAUUCGUAUUUCGGAUCGAGAGGACCAUUCUUGGACUUCAGGCCUGUAACCGGAUCGUUUGAAGCGAAUCCGCCCCAUUGUGAGGAAUUGAUGGAAGCGAUGGUCAAUCAUUUUGAACGGCUUUUAGCCGACUCACCGGAACCUUUGUCGUUCAUUGUGUUUUUACCCGAAUGGCGAGAUCCGGCUCCUAAUGCGCUCAUCAAGCUUGAAAGUAGUCACUUCAAACGCAAGCAGGUGGUCGUGCCUGCUAUGGAACACGAAUACAGACAUGGAUUUCAGCAUAUUAUUCCAAAAAAUGAGGUAAAUAUCCGGGCGGUGUACGGUACGUUGGUUGUCUGGUUGCAAAAUCCAGCUGGUGCUGCGAAAUGGGGACCCACGGAGGAGCGCGUGGAAGCUCUGUUGGAAGCGUGGCGACCUGGCCGGGAACGGGAGAGAGAUAGACAGGAGUUGCUUUCCCCGCCGAGACAGACACAUCAACCGAUGCCGGCGACACCAGUACCUGUGCCAACGACGCCAGCAACACCAACUGUGCCACCCGUACAGACGCUACCGAGUCAUCCUGUAUAAUUUUUGAAUCGAUGUUUUCCGAGAGAGAAAACACGAAUAGAAUUUUCGCACUUAAAGAUACAAUCUAAUACGUUGUUUCUUGUAAUAUAACUUAUGAUCGUUAAGGAAAUGUUUAUUUUAUAUCUUAGCAGAUGUGAAAAUAACAUAAACAACAACUGUACGAAUACGAGAGUUCCGUCUACAGAAAUUAAACGAUCGUAAUAUAUACAUGAAGACAUUACUAAAAAAAAAAAAAAAAAAAAAACACGUUACUUUAUAGUCAGCAUUAAGUACUUGUUUUGACGACGAAACACUCUUUGAUGGCUUAAAGUGUAUUAUUUACAUUUCGAAUCUUUAAGAACUGUUUUUUAUCGAUAGAACUGCGACGAUCGACGUUCAUUCGGCCUCUGUUCUAUGUCAAUAGCUGCAAAAAAAAAAAAAAACGAAAAAAAAA